CUCUCUCUCUCUCUGUGUGUCUCUCUCUCUCUGUGUCUCUCUCUCUCUCUCUGUGUCUCUCUCUCUCUUGUGGCUCGCGCUGCGAUUCAGACGCGUUUUUUUCCCCUCGCGCAGUGUUUGUGCUGCUCCUCGGUUCGUGAGAGAGAGAGAGAGAGACACACACAGAGAGAGAGAGAGAGAGGGGGGGAACAGUGCAGCUAUGGCGGCUUCUCUUCUCUUCUUCUCUUCUACUCUUCUCUUCUCCGACUGACUCGAGCAGCUAGUCACUCACAGACAAAGGGAGAUUUACAGGAGGACACACCGGGCCUCGUCAGCGGGGGAAAAAAUGCCGAAAAGACAAGCCAAGCCGGCGGCGGAGGACGGCUACUGGGACUGUAGUGUGUGCACAUUCAGGAACAGCGCCGAAGCGUUUAAAUGCAGCAUCUGCGAUGUACGGAAGGGCACAUCUACUAGGAAGCCCAGGAUAAACUCCCAGCUGGUGGCUCAGCAGGUGGCGCAGCAGUAUGCCACCCCUCCCCCUGCAAAGAAAGAAAAGAAGGAGAAGCCAGAGAGACCCGAGAAGGAGAGGGCUGAUGGCGAGCGACCAGAGCGAAACCUGCCUGAUGGUGAGCACCCAGCCAAGGACAAGAUUGAGAAGGAUCAUGCUGACAAAGAGAAGAAGGACCGAGAGAAGGAAAUCACUGUUGCCCUCCCAAAGAAACCCAGCAGCAAAAAGACCAGGCCCAAGAUGGACAACCAUCAAAGCCCACCAAGUGAAAGGAACAGUAUACAAUCUGGGAAAUCGACCACCAAGACUAAAAACUCUCACAUCUCAAGCAGACCCAAAUUGAAGAACGUGGACCGGAGCACGGCCCAGCAGCUGGCCAUCACCGUGGGGAACGUGACGGUAAUCAUAACGGACUUUAAAGAGAAGACGCGUUCGUCCUCGACAUCCUCCUCGACGAUGACGUCCAGCGCGGCCUCUGAGCAGCAGCACCCGAGCUCGGGCUCCGAGAGCAUGGACAAGAGCUCAUCACGUGCCUCCACUCCUAAACGAGACCUCUCGCUCGGCCACGACGAGUCAUUCUGAGCCUUCAAACUGCUCUUGGACACUGGAGAUGCUGGCUGUUCCGCAGUUCUCCUAUGCCCUGCUCUCAUUCCACCCAUCUGCUUUACCAAAAGAGGGACGAAUGUUUGUCACAUCCCCCCCCCCAUUUACACAAACGCUAAUGCGUGCGCAUACAUUUCCUGAUUUGGAGAUAAUCUCAUCUCUCUGGACCCUUAGCAGUGGAUUCUCAGCAUCACACCUUGGUAGCACUGGAGUGACAGCAGGGCUGAUGAGAUGGCAUCCCCGCUCUUGUAUGUAUUGUUUUAUACUUGUAAGUGAACAUCUGGCUGAAUCAAAUUUUUCUUUUUUUUUUUCUUUUUUUUGUAUUAAAGUCUGCUGUGCACAGUAACCACCUACACUUUAACAAUUUCCUGAAUGGCUAUGACACUUAUUUAUUAUCUGUUGUAUCUUUUAGAGAUUUUUUCCCAUUGAAGCUUCGCUAAGUAGCAUGGCUGAUGGUUCCAUUUUACACUUUUAAUGAGUUUUUAAUGAGUUUGAAUUGUUUUCCUGGAGCCCCCUGAGAAACUCUUUCAUAUUGGUGCUAGCUACACUGUGAGGUUUAUUUUAUUUUUCUUUCUGUUCCCUACUCAGACUUUCUUUCACACAUCAAGGCCCUUAAGCUUAAAGCCAAUUUCACUCAUUUUUCUGCCACUCCACCUCAGCUGUUCUAUUUAUUUUAUUAUUUUUUUUUUCUUCCAUGAGUGCUAGGGGAACGGCUGUCUGCUCUUCAUGGUGGCAUUUUCAGCCCUCAUUUUGCCAGGCAGGUCUGACAGUUUUCUAGCUUUUCCACAGUCCAGACUUUGUACCCCGGGUCCUGUGAUGCCUGACUUUUUUUUUUGACAUCUGUGAAUAGAACCUCAUUUUACACUUGCAGUGGCUCUCGGUCGACUAUAUGAAGAGGCAUCUGGGUAUAAUAUUUGGAUUAGAAAUCCUAAGAGAGUUUCCAGUUUAUUCUUCUGCCAAGGAGUUAACUGGGUAUGCGCUCAUGGUUUGUUGUUACUGUUUAUAUUAAUUAAUGGCAUUGUUUGGUAGAGUUAUUUGUAACUUAUUGGUUAUUUAUGGCAUGUAGUACAAACACUAAAUGGGUUUUUUUUUUUUUGGGUUCCGUCGAGUAACUAGUCUGGUUUUAAAUUCCGCCAUACCAACCCACAUCGUCAUUUUCUUACAGAAUGCAUUCCAGCGUACUUGAAUCACAGUUACAGCUUCAAACGUUUGUUUGGUGAAGGAUUAAGAAAAAAUGAAGAUGUAGACUGUAACUUGGCACUCGGAUAACUUUUACUAAUCGUGUAGAAUCACAUGAUGUCGCUGAAGGGAAACAGAGAACACAGUAGGGGUGUUCACACGGCACAUAUUUGCACCGAUGCAUUUUGUUGCAAUAUAUCUUACACCGGUGUAAAUUUUGUGGCGCGUUCGCACGUCACAAACCUGCUUACUAGAGAGAAGCGUGUUAGCACCGGUGCAGCCCCACUUGCGUUCAUACGGCAGUUUUUGCGACCGUGCUAUACGAUAUGCGCAUGCGUGAAAAUGUACUUGCUUUUCCCGGUUGUCAUGGCAUCACCAAGCGCCGGGAAAACAACGUGGAUGAAGACACCAGUGUUGCCAGAUACUGCUGACGUUUUCCAGCCCAAAAUAUGUUCAAAUCCGCCAAAAUGCACUUAAAACCGCCCAAUCUGGCAACACUGGAAGACACGCAGUUCUGUUGUUGUUGAUAUUCGCCAUUUUGGAAGCGCAAAAUACCAGGAUGCAAAUUAUGCAAUGCCCGUAUGUAAUCAACUCUCCUCACGCGUAGCGAGUCUACCCCUGUAGCAUUCAGACGUCCCAUUUUAUAUCGGUGCUGCCCCGCAAACUAGCAUUUACUCCGGAGUAAAUUUCUUAAACCACCUCCCGAGCAGGGUUAGAUUUGCACCGGUUUAAGCAGCGUUCAGGGGCGACACCGGGAUAACUUUGUACUGUGUGAACGCUCUACCGGGGCAGCCCCGGUGCUACACCGGAGUAAAAGUUGCCGUGUGAACACCCCUAAUAAGGGUUUUGUUUGGGUUUGUUUUAAAAAGUCUUCAGCUGUGUUUCAGACUAACUCUUCCAACC